UAGAAUAUCGAGUUACAAUACGCCCCAUCUUUAAACCCAGUCUAUGCGCCGUUAGCCGGAGUACAACAGGACACGUCCUGUGUAAGCCGCCAGCCAAGGGUCAACGCCUGUGCCAUGACUACGUGAAGAGUGGCACUCAUCGGUUGAUAGGCAGCUAUCACAUCUACCAGGAACAAAAGACAUGAUUGAGACAAUGGAUACCCAGCGUGCCUUGCAGGCAGUGGAGCGUCUCCAGGCCAAGCUGAAGGACCGGGGGGAGGUCCCCACAGAGGAAAAGCUCAGCCUGCUCAAGUCAGUUCUCCAGAGCCCCCUGUUCCACCAGAUUCUUGCCCUGCAGAAGUCUGUCCAGCUCCUCAAAGACCAGGGUGGUGUCACAUCAACACUUAGCGAUGAACUGAGUGAAUGCUACACAUCAGCCCAGGCCAAUGGUGGCCAUCUUGCCUACCCAGAAGCCUCCACUAGUACACAGGUCAAUGGGAAGCAAUCGCCUGAGGAUUUUGAGCACAUCAUUCGCUCCAUGGCUCAGGGGCGCUACGUGACGCACAUGGAGCUGGUGAAGCCACUGUCUGGGGGUCUGGGCUUCAGCGUGGUUGGCCUGAGGAGCGAGAACCGCGGGGAGCUGGGCAUCUUCGUCCAGGAGAUCCAGCCCGGGAGCGUGGCCCACUGCGAUGGGAAGUUGAAGGAGUCAGACCAGAUCUUGGCCAUCAACGGUCAACCCCUGGACCAGACAGUGACCCACCAGCAGGCCAUAGGCAUCCUGCAGAGAGCAUCUGAGUGCGUGCAGCUCACUAUAGCCAGAGGACCCAUCCCUCAGCUGGCCAGCCCCGUGGUGUCCCGUACCCCCUCCGCUGCCAGCACUCUGUCUGCCCACUCCAGUGCGGCCCACUGGAAUCAUGUGGAGACCAUGGAGCUGGUCAAUGACGGGACAGGCCUGGGCUUUGGCAUUGUGGGAGGAAAGACCACCGGUGUCAUUGUCAAAACCAUCCUGCCUGGAGGCAUUGCUGAUCAGGAUGGGCAUCUGCGCAGUGGGGACCACAUCCUCAAGAUUGGGGACACUGACCUAUAUGGCAUGGGAAGUGAGCAGGUGGCUCAGGUCCUGAGGCAGUGUGGUAACCGAGUGAAGUUGGUCAUCACCAGAGGCCCUCCAGAGGAGACCGCCAUCGUCCCAAUGGUGUUGCCCACGGUCACAGAGCAACAGGGAUACGAGGAAGAGGAGGCCGAAGCGUUCGACGUUGGGCUGACCAAGAACGCCCAGGGUCUGGGAAUCACCAUCGCCGGCUAUGUGGGGGACAACAAUUCUGAGCCCUCUGGUAUUUUCGUGAAAAGUAUAACUAAAGACAGUGCGGUAGAGCAAGACGGCCGGAUCCAUGUUGGGGACCAGAUCAUAGCCGUGGACGGUAUUAACAUCCAGGGCUACACCAACCAGCAGGCCGUGGAGGUGCUGAGACACACGAGCCAGACAGUUCACCUGAAGCUGAUCAGGCGAGGCUUCCGUCCAGAGGAUAUCCCACCCGCUGUGGUGCCCAGUGUGAUCGUAGUCUCACCAACCCCAGGGGGCAGAGACACGACACUGGAGAGGACGGAUGUUGUGGACGCCACCACUCGAGGUAAGAAACAGUACCAGGCAUUGAGUGAGGAAUCUGACGUCACCAACGUAAAGGAUCAGUUAACUGAGAAGACCAGAGACGAAGCAAAGCUAACAGAGGAUGAGGAGUUAGAGCUGAAGAAGAAGUGGCAGGAGACUCUCGGCCCCAGCAAGGAAGUAGUGGUUGCCCAAGUGGAGAAGUUCAGUGAGAGCAGUGGUCUGGGAAUCAGUCUGGAUGCCAACAGCGGGCACCACUACAUCCGCUCCGUCCUGCCGGAGGGGCCAGUGGGACGCUGUGGGAAACUCUUCAGUGGGGACGAACUGCUCGAAGUUAAUGGAAUAUCCCUGAUUGGUGAGACCCACAAGGAAGUGGUGAGCAUUCUGAAGGAGCUGCCUGUCUGUGUCCACAUGGCCUGCUGUAGACCCGCCCCUCUCCUGAAGAGUGACAGGGAUUCUGGCCAACCGGGGUUGGAUGAAUUUGCUACUGAACCUAUAAUGAAGAUACAGGGAGACCUCGGCAGUUUCCUGGUUUUCGAAGGUUCCGAGGGGGUGGCGACGAGGGAAAAUGUAACGGAUGAGACACUCGGAGCUCCUUUGGCCAUGUGGGAGACGGAGAUACAGGACAUUGAGCUGGAGAAGGGUGAGAGCGGACUGGGAUUCAGCAUCUUGGACUACCAGGACCCAAUGGAUCCUGCCAAGACGGUGAUUGUGAUUCGCUCUCUGGUGUCUGAAGGAGUGGCAGAACAGGAUGGCAGGCUAUUGCCAGGUGACCGGCUCAUGUUCGUCAACAGCACCAACCUGGACAACGCCAGUCUGGAGGACGCUGUCCAGGCAUUGAAGGGGGCUAACAUCGGCAUGGUCCACAUUGGGGUGGCUAAACCACUACCUAUUGACUCCAAUGAGGUAGACCUGACCGACGAGAGGGUGUUGGCGCAUCGCUUCUCUGGCGAAGAGGAUGACACCUUCCAGGCAUCCAUGAUUGCCCUCCAUGGCAGCACCUGCAGCGCUGACCUGUCCUACCAGAUGAUCUUGCAGUCCUCCACACCCAAGCGGAGUGCUCAUCUGGACUUGUUGACCGAACAUCCCUUCGUGACGUUGUCCUGCCUCGCAGACGACACUGAACCCUUUUCCCCGGAGAAGAAGCCCGUCGCUUUCCCCCUGCCCAGGAAUAUUGGAAGUCACACCCUAAUGAUUGACAACAACACACUAGCUAUCUCCGAUCAGUACCUGGCGCAUCAAUUAACCCAAUUGGAGCCGUCGGAUCUGUCGAACUCGUGCAGUCCGUACACUGACCCCGAGCCCGGUUUGAAUGAUUUGGGGGAGCCAGUGCAGUCUCUUCGUUUUCCGGUGGAGCCCACCAUGGCCGUUGCGGACAUAGGGGAGAUGGAAUGCUUAAUGAAGGGGGAUGAGCCAUCUGUAAAGCAGUCCAAAGAGGAAGGGGACAAGAUUAGAACCACUGGGAGUAAUUUUGAAAGGACAAUCACUGUUGUCAAGGGCAACUCCAGUCUCGGAAUGACGGUGAGCGCCGUCAAGGAAGGCUUGGGGAUGCACAUCCGCAGCAUCAUCCACGGAGGCUCCAUCAGCCGAGACGGCCGUCUGGGGGUGGGGGACCUCAUCCUGGCCAUCAACGGCGAGCCCACGGCCAACCUGACCAAUACACAGGCCCGCGCCAUGCUCCGGAGACACUCCCUCAUCGGGCCAGACAUGGGAUCUGCUUGUGCACCAGAGGACGAUCUGUGCCCCUUUUAUGUCAUCACCUAUGUUCCCAUGGAGUAUCUGGAGGAGUACAAGGCCAGCCUGGAGCAGCCUAAAGAUGACAUCUUCUCUGAUGCUCCUCAGGCCCCAAAAAGAGAAAUCCCAGAACUCCCAGAGAGGGAGGAAGGAGAGGGAGAGGAGAGCGAGCUACAGAGUGCCACCUUCAGUAACUGGAACCAGCCCAGGAAGGUGGAGCUCAAAAAAGAAGCUGGCAAGUCCCUUGGCAUCAGCAUCGUGGGGGGCAGAGGGAUGGGCAGUCGCCUCAGCAACGGCGAGGUGAUGCGGGGCAUCUUCAUCAAACACAUCCUGGAGGACAGCCCCGCCGGCCGCGACGGAACCCUGAAGACAGGAGACAGGGUUGUUGAGGUGGAUGGCGUGGACUUGAGAGAUGCCAGUCACGAGCAGGCUGUGGAGGCCAUCCGCAGGGCAGGAAACCCUGUCGUGUUCCUCGUGCAGAGUAUCGUCCACAGGCCCAGGUCCUCAACCACGGACACCAACGAGGAGAGAGCGGCGGCCAUGGCACGGCGCAAUAGUGACAAGGAGGUUGAGAGUCACAGUAGACUAUUCCUACGCCUCUCCCCAACUAACCCUUUCACUCCUACUCCGUUUAAGCCACUAAAGAGGGAAGCGGGAAAGACAUCGUCCACCACUCCUCAUCUCUCGCUUCCCGUGGUUCCCCACGUCGGAGAGACAGACACCGAUACCCUGACAGAGAUUCCCGACAGACAGGCCCAGGCGGAGGACGAGGAUGAGUUUGGCUACAGCUGGAAGAGCAUCAUUCAGCGCUACGGCAGCCUUCCGGGGCUGCUGCACAUGAUUGAGCUGGAGAAGGGGAAGACCGGCCUGGGCCUUAGUCUGGCUGGCAACCGCGACCGCUCUCGCCUGAGCGUGUUUGUGGUCGGGAUCGACCCCUGUGGCGCCGCCGUCAAAGAUGGUCGCAUUGUGGUUGGGGAUGAACUGUUGGAGAUCAAUGGGCAGAUUCUGUAUGGGCGGAGUCACCAGAAUGCCUCCUCCAUCAUCAAAAGCGCUCCGUCGAAGGUCAAGAUCAUUUUCAUCAGGAACACAGAUGCUUUGAACCAGAUGGCUGUAGGACCAGUGAGGGAACAUGGAGACACCCUGGAGCCCCAGACGGAGCUGGAAAGAUGUACCUCCAUUAUACCCUCGGCGAUCGAUGUCGACAUGUUCAAGUAUGUGCAGCACGUCAUUCUGCCGAAGGAGGAGGGUGGAUUCGGCAUCACUUUCAGUGAGGAAGACCCCAGGACCGGGGUGGUGAUUCAGAGUAUAACUGAAAAAGGACCAGCAGGAAAGGACGGCAGCAUCAAAUCUGGAGAUAAACUCCUGGCUGUGGAGGAUGAACCAGUGGUGGGCUACACUGUGGAAAGGGUCCACACUCUACUGGGGAACGCCAAAGGCUCCGUGAAGUUGACAAUCUGCGCGAAUGAGUCAUUGCCCCUCCCCCCCUACGAUACUGAUCAGGCCACCAGCAUCCCUAGCAUCUACAUGGCUAACCUGGGCCAGCCUGAGUCAGAGCCAAUCAGGAGCUCAAGUCGCUCGUCCACCCCUGGCACUCUGGCCUCCUCUGACCCUGUGACCUGUCCCAUCAUCCCCGGCUGUGAGACCACCAUAGACAUCUCCAAAGGCCACACGGGCCUGGGCCUCAGCAUCGUGGGGGGCUGUGACACUCUAUUGGGGACCAUCAUCAUUCACGAGGUCUAUGAGGAGGGAGCUGCCUCCAAGGAUGGGAGACUUUGGGCUGGGGACCAGAUCCUGGAGGUGAAUGGCAUUGACCUGCGCGUGGCCACUCACGACGAAGCUAUCAACGUGCUACGGCAGACCCCUCAGCGGGUGCGUCUGAGCGUGUUCAGGGAUGAGGCGCAGUACAAGGAGGAGGGCCUGUGGGAUGCCUUUACCGUGGAGCUGAACAAGAAGCCCGGCCAGGGCCUGGGCCUCAGCAUCGUGGGGAGAAGGAACGACACAGGGGUGUUUGUGUCGGACAUAGUGAAAGGGGGCGUGGUGGAGAGUGACGGGAGGCUGAUGCAGGGAGACCAGAUCCUGUCCGUCAACAAGGAGGAUGUCAGAAACGCCACCCAGGAGUCAGUGGCUGCACUGCUGAAGUGUGGUGUGGGACCCAUAGUGAUGGAGGUGGGCAGAUUUAAAGCCGGACCCUUCCACUCUGAGAGAAGGUUCUCGCAGAGCAGUCCGAUAAGUGAAACGGGCAGCUGCAAGGUGACCCCUCACUCGCUGUCAGCCUCCUCUGGUAGCCUCCAGAUGGACUGUGACAGCGUACAACAUACAACACUGGACCACCAGGAGAUCAGAAUUGUUGAAUUCACAAAGGGUCUCACUGAUUCAUUGGGCAUCAGUAUUGCGGGUGGAGUGGGCAGUCCCCUGGGCGAUGUGCCCAUCUUCAUCGCCAUGAUGAACCCUACUGGCCUCGCUGCCCAGACACACAAACUCAAGAUCGGUGACAUGAUCGUCAGUAUCUGUGGUACCGCUACUGAGGGUAUGAGCCACGGUCAGGCUGUCACCCUGCUGAAGAAUGCCACCGGCACCAUCGAGCUGCAGGUGGUAGCAGGGCGUGAUACCACAGUGACCGGCCCGUCUCAGGAGCAGACAGCUGCCGGACUCUCAGUCUCCAGCCUUACUGCUACUAGCAUCUUCCACGACGACCUGGGACCUCCUCAGUAUAAGACCAUUACCCUGGCCAGGGGCCCAGAUGGCCUGGGCUUCAGCAUUGUUGGUGGCUUUGGAAGCCCACAUGGAGACCUGCCCAUUUAUGUGAAAACCGUGUUUGGGAAGGGGGCAGCGUCAGAGGACGGGCGUCUGAAGCGGGGGGAUCAGAUUAUGGCUGUUAACGGACAGAGUCUGGAGGGGGUCACCCACGAGGAGGCCGUGGGCAUCCUGAAGAGGACCAAGGGAACAAUUGCCCUCACUGUGCUCUCCUAGACACACACACACACACCUCACCCUACACGCAUAGACAAAGCCUUGGAUCUUGGUGUAGACACACACUCACCCUAAUAUACUGUAUAUGUAUUGAAAUGUGAACACACCCAUUCCUAAACUCUAACAUGCUGACCAAACCGGACGCGCGCAAAUUGAUUUUGUUCACCCACACCAGAAGCGAUCAGAACACACAGGUUGAAAUAUCAAAACAAACUCUGAACCAAUUAUAUUAAUUUGUGGACAGGUCGAAUAGCAUUAAACAUUUAUGGCAAUUUAGCUAUCUCGCUUGCUAGUUAAUUAGUUAGUUUCUCGUCAUAUCUCCUCCUUUCUUUUGGCUUCUUUUUCUUCAUUGGACUUUAUAUGGUGGUUGGCAACCAACUUUACGGUGCAUUACUACAACCGACUGGAGUGGGGACCUCAGUUAAUCUUUCAAUCACCCACGUGGGUAUAUGCUCCUAAACACCGAUGAGGAUAAAGAGGCAGGACUUGCAGCGCGUUGAGCUUGACAAAUAGAGCCAACUUCUAUUUUAGCGCCUGGCCACGCAGACUCUAGCUGUUGCGCGCAAGCAGGGUGGGUGCAUUGAUUGAAUGAACAGGUAUGUGUACAUUUAUUUUGCAACCUUCGCAAGAAGGUUACAAGAAGCUACUGCAGGUAGACUGAAAUAUUCACUGGACAAUGUGGCUCAGAUCUAUUAUACUCUAGUUUUCUAUGCUCAGACAUGGACUGUGUUAUUAUGAUAUUUAGGGUUAAGGGCCCUUUUAAGCAAUAUCUGAAAAAUAUUGGUAGAAUAAGACCAUUAUUUAAAGCUUAUGCUACUGUAAACUGCUGUCCAUCCUCUUCUAUAGUGAAGUCACUGUCGUAUUUAAGUCUAGACUCUAGACUGAUUUAACAUUUGAAUAACGUUUUGUUUGUGACGCAAACCACCUUUUCAGGUGUGAAAUGAUCUUAAAGCUUUGGUUUCUUGGUCAGACGUUCUACAGACCAAGUAUCUAAGUGUGUGUACAUGGUCACACACUCAGGGAACGGAGAGGGUGCGUAUGAGACGUAGUGUAGUUUUACUAAUGCAGAUGUGAAGUAUUGUUUCACAGUAUUUUACCGUUCAAGUAUUACCUAUUUUUAUGGUCAUUGUCUGCCAUGACCGUACUUUAUCAUAAUAUGAUAGUAGGUGAAGAAAACCAGUUAAUAUGGUCCAUCUCAGCUGUCUCCAACCUGGAGAGUUAUUGCAGCCUUUUACUCAAACCUAGCACUAAGCACAGCUGUUUCACAUACUCAACCGUUGACAGUUUUCAGUAUGGACAACAAUUAGCCGAAUCAAUUGUGUUGGGCUGGAACAAAAGCCUGUACACCCGGUCACUCUCCAGGAAGUUGGAGCUUCCUAAUUAAUUUCAAACCAUUAGCUAGAUACCCCAUGUUCUAGUUUCACAACAAUGAAUCCCCUUUUUAACAUGGCGUCAGUCACUCUUGCAGAUGUAGGGUCUUAAUUUGAGCCAGUUUGCGACAGCAGGAAAAUAAUCCUGCAGCAACAGGAAAUGUGAAUUAUUAUGUGGGAUUAUAAUUAUGGACAUUUUUUUUAGGGGAUUCCAAGUGGAAAUAACACACUUCAGAAGCCCUUUUAAACCUCAAAUACACAACAUGUUUAAAAUGUCAGGACAGUUCUCCAGCAACAGGGUGAUCAAAUUAAGAUCCUAUAUUACAAAACAUGUGUACCUAGUUAAGUACAUCCAGCACAGUAUUGAGUUGUUCAGAGGCUGAAUUAAUAAAAGUUACCUUCAAGCCCCA